UGUCUUCGACUCAAGCAGUGACUCACUAACACUUAAAGACCAGUGCAGUUUUUGGCCACAUUUGUAUGUUGGAUACAUUUUGUAGCAAUGGCUGUGCUACUAAAUCUGUGGUGUGGAAAGACCUUUUAGUCUGAUUAGAGCACAGUGCUUGACAGUGUGUGUCAGUGACUGGAUGCUACCACAUUCACACUUAUCUGUGAUGCGUUGACCCCAGAGGAAUCCGUUUCCUUCACACUGGCCUUGACUGGUGUGAAAGUGGUUUAGUAGCAUCCAUUGUUCAUGAGGGACAUCAAAACUGGACAUUCAGAUUUCAGGAUCUUUCACAAGUUUGUGGUUAACCACUGCUGCUGACCACCAGUCUCUCCUCCAUUGUUCUGUUAGGUCAAAUGUGUCAGUGAGUUGUUUCUGAGUCAUUGCUGUACAUGUCAUUAUGUACUGGCUAGUUUCCAUGUUUUUUUUUUUUUUUUUUCAAAGAGCUUAUUAGUUACAAACUGCUAGUGGAGCAGUUUUGGAGUAGCAUUGUGUAGCAUCAACAAAGUACACUUGGGUUUGAAUUUGAGCAGUUUUUACAUGACUAUCUGAACACACAUGGAUACUCAAUGUAGGUGAGCAGUUUGUAGGCACAUGCAGGUGAGGUGUUCAUCAAAUGGGGUCAGUUCAGCAUAUUAACAAGUGCAAAUUAUUUAAAAAUAAGAACAAGGUGAAUUGAAUAAGAUUGAUUAUCUUGUUACAAUGGCACCUGUCAAGGGGUAGGAUACAUUAGGCAGCAAGUGAACAGUCAGUUCUUGAAGUUGAUUUGUUGGAAGCAGGAAAAAUGGGAAAGCGUAAGGAUCUGAGCAACUUUGACAAAGGCCAAAUUUUGAUGGCUAGAUGAUUGGGAUAGUUACUACAAAAAGUGGUUCAAGGAAGGACAACCAGUGAAUCAGUGACAGGGUCAUGGGCACUCAAGGCUCAUUGAUGCACAUGGUGAGCGAAGGCUAGCCAAGCUGGUCUGAUCCACAGCUGUAUCACAAAGUGCUGAAAAAUUUAAUGUUGGCUAUGAUAGAAAAGUGUCAGAAAACACAAUACAUCACAGCUUGCUGUGUAUAGCCAGGCACUCUGAGUGCCCAUGCUGACCCCUGUCCAAUUCCGAAAGCACCUACAUUGUGCAUGUGAGCAUGAGAACUGGACCAUGGUGCAAUGGAAGAAGGUGGCCUGCUCUGAUAAAUCACGUUUUCUUUUACAUUAUGUGGAUGGCCGGGUGCGCAUGUGUUGCUUACCUGAGGAAGAGAUGACACCAGGAUCCACUAUGUGAAGAAGGCAAGCCGGCUGCUCUGGGAAAUGUUCUGCUUGGAAACCUUAGGUCCUUGCAUGUGGAUGUUAUUUUGACACAUACCACCUACCUAAACAUUGCUGCAGUUCAAGUACACUCCAUCAUGUCGACGGUAUUCCCUAAUGGCAGUGCUCUCUUUCAGCAGGAUAAUGCGCCCGGUUACACUGCAAAAAAUGUUCAAAAACAUGACAAAAAUUUCAAGGUGCUGAGUUGGCCUCCAAACGCCCCAAAUCUCAAUCUGAUCGAACAUCUGUGGGAUGUGCUGGACAAACAAGUCUGAUCCAUGGAGGCCCCAUCUCGCAACUUACAGGACUUAAAAGAUCUGCUGCUAAUGUCUUGGUGCCAGAUACCACUGCACAGCUUCAGAGGUCUUGUGGAGUCCAUGCCUUGAUGAGUAAGUGCUGUUUUGGGCACAAGGGAGACUUACUCAAUAUUAAGCAGGUGGUUUUAAAGUUAUGGGUGAUCAUUGAGGUUCUUACUUAAAAAUGUAGAAUUUGUACAAAAUAUGCUAUUAAUAAGUGUUAGCGUUUUUUUUGACUGACUGCUCUUAACACCUACUGUACUAGCAUGUAGGACAACAACAAAGGAUUCCACUUAUUUUUGUUCUGGGCCAACUUCUGUAUGUUUCCCCAAGUGUGCUUCAGGUCUAUGAGUUCUUCCUCCACUGCACAACACCCAGGUGUUCUAAGGCAUUCCUUUCUUGCAUCUUCCUUCUGGUGUCCAGUAAAAGGCAGUUUGUGGGAUGUUGUCCUCUUUUCCAUGGAUGACAUGCUCGGCCCAUUUCUUCACCUUCUCAUGAUAGAAGUGUCAGUGCUCUCUUGAUUGCACUGGCCAGGUAGUUGCUGGUUGGAGAUGAUGUUGGGCCAGAAGAGAAGAUUCACAGGAGGUACUUUGUGUUGAAGAACAUAACUCCCACCUAUACUAUACUAUGGUGACCACCACACAUUGUUCAGUAUUCUAAAGUUAGCUCUUGAUGUUACUGCCUGCUCCUCUGACAGUGCUGCCCAGAUAGAUGAACUCUUCGAUUAUAGGCAAAUCUGUUCCAUCUACUUGUACUGGAUCUGGGCUUGGAGUGUUCAGUGUCAUCAGUUCUGAUUUAUUUUUUUUUUAUCGGUCUUAUCUUCAAGUAUAUUUGUUGUGCAAAAAUGCUCAGGAGAAAUGUUUUUUCCUGCCUGCAUGUGCUGAUGGAUGUUGGAGACCAGUACCAAGUUGUAUGCAUAGUCAAGAUCUUCCAGUGUUGAUAAAACUGUCUAUCUGAUGCCUUUUGGUUGGUCUUCAGUUUUUCACUCUGGAAAUUAAUAAUGAUACAUUUAUCAACUUUGCUUUGCAACUUAAACACCAUAUAUGUUUCUUCCUAACCAUACCCCAUAUCUACUUUAUAGGUGUUGUCCUGCCAAUGCUUGAACAACAUUCUCCCCAAAAUUUAUUUUUUGUCUGUCUCAUCAUUCUACUUUCCUUUGCCUUCCAUCAGGUUCUGGGGAUAAUGUGUUCUCUGUACUUGUCUAAAAACUCCAUCUUUAACUGCUAGUUUAGAAAAAAAAUUUCAGCCCAGCUUUCUAUUUUCCCUUUCUGUUACUUUUGUCGUUUUUUGUUGUUAUUUUUUUUUGCUGCUCUUAUAAUUAUACUUUUUUAUCAUUUCAUUAAAACUAUCUAUAUCCCUGGUGGUAGAUCUACAUACCUAUAUGUUCAUUUGAGAAAUCACUUGCAUAAAAUAGAAUGCAGUAUAGGUAAAACCCAUUUUAAUCAGUUAGCUAGUUAACCAAUGGAAGCCUAAUUAAAUAACAUAGUAUAAUUAAAUAUUUUCAUUUACUCUGGAUAUCUUUCACUGCAUAACAUAUGGGAUAUCCUACAUAACCUGCUUGUUUUUUUUAAAAAAAAGGUCUACAGAUCCAGUUGUAGCUACGUGUUUGCUUUUCCUUAAGGUUGAAUCUGAGGUGCUACACUGUUUAACACUGCAUUAUAAAUGAAAAGUGACUUUUUUAUUGUUGGAGCCAGAUCAUGUCUCACAAGUACAAGUAGACUUUUUUUUAAUGAUCUGAAAACAAAUAAUAUUAUGGAAAUAUUUUGCUUAGUUUAGAUUUUUGCCACAGUUUGAUUUGGUAGGCUAUGCCUUAAAUUAAAAGAUUUUAAACCAAGUUUGGAUUGAAGGGUUGAAUCUGGCAACCCUGAUUUGUACACUAUCGAAUGCGCACACACUUUCUGCUGGCCUUAAUUGGUUUGAUAGAAAGAAUUCCCAAUGUGUCCACAGCAUCCUGGUGUUAAUAAAAGCUGAACCUGCACCUGCGUCCUAUUGUACUCCAUUCAUGACAAUAAGGAAGAUAGUGAAGGUACUUUCAUAAAUCAUAAGACAACCCUACUUCAGAGUAACCACAUGUAUCUGGCCUUUGUAGCUCCCCAUAAAACCAAAUCAGAGUCAAAAAAAGAAUCAGAAAGAAUUUUAUUGGAUAUAUAUGGUUUCACUUAGUAGUAAUUUGGCUUGACAAUCGCUUCAUUGCCACAGAUUAGACAGUGAAUUAGACAAGUGCAAAGAAUGAUAUAUGUAAAUAUAGAGUAUAUAAAUAUAAUGUAACGACAAAGAUGAAUAUAUACAACUCUACAGUGUGUGCAAUCGGUAAAGUACAGAUAAGUAGAGUGUUCAGAAUAAACAGUCCUAAAAUAGCAAAUAAAUAACCCUGAGCAUGUGCAAAUAUAACUUUAUGGGCACCAUUAUGAGUAGAGUAUCAUACAGUCUGAGUGAAUUUGCACUAGCUGUGAGGAUACAGUGCAGUAAUUCAGCAGUGCACUGCUUUGUGUUAAUGAAGUUUAUCCAGUUCGAUGUUGAGCAGGGCGAAAGAUCAGCAGGAAAUCUUUAUUUCUCUUAGUUUUUAUAGUCUGGUAUCUCUGAAGGACGUGGUUGAAAAGCCCUGAACUCUGAAGAAAGUGGUUGAAUUACGGCUUCUUACACUUCUUACCUUUUAGCAAAAAUGAACAUGCCAGAGUCCAUGUUGCUAUGGACAUUUUAACAUGCAAUAAAUGUCAGAGAAGAUUAAAAGUCGCUCCCUGCUGUUAGCAUCACCCUUAACUACCUCAUUCCUGCUCUCCUCCACUCAUCACUUCACAAAAUGUUUUGGAUUAACACGGGCUCAUGGUUUCAGAGUCAAUCAUUAAACAUGCAUGCGCAUACAUACACACACACACACACACACACUAGUACACACAGUACCACACAGUCCCAGGGCAGCGGGAGUGGGAGUCGGGAGGGAUUCUGUCCUGGAGGAAUCAGGUGCUGUUUGUCACCUGGGUAACCAUGUCUCCAUGGACAUCACAAGCAGCCCAUCAGCCUGUCUGUGCCAAGUCAAGCUGAUCUGAAGUCAGUAGAUAUGACGUCAGCAGGAUUAGACCGAGGCACUUGGAGUCUCAAAGUCGUAGUCAAACACGUAGCUGCAGCCACAGGUAAGAGAAUACAAUUUUCUUUGCUUUAAAUUCACAUUUAUCUGUUGGUUUAUGAGUUUGAUUUAGACAACAUGAAAAUGAGUGCUACAGAAGACCCAGGAGUCUUUCUAUUAAUCUGCCUGUUAUUUUUAGUUAAAUAGAUCAGUUCGAAGUUAGCCUAAAAUGGACAGAAGUAAUAGGGAAGGUGUAGCAAGUCACCAAAUCAUAAAAUGUGUCCAUUGAUGGUCAAGUAUCAAGCCACUGAAUCAGAACAUUAUCUGCUGCAGUAGCUAAACAUCAAAUCAUUGAAACUUACAAUUGCUGUCCAUUGCAGUGAUCGUCUUUUUGUGGCUGAGAAGAACAGUCGCCAAUAAACAUUACGGAUGACUGACCUGAGCACAGAUCAACACUCUGUCAAGUCACUGGAGCCUGACACAGAUGAGUACUACAAGCAAUACCUACACAGCUUGUUUGGGGAAUCGAUUGCCGAGUAUUUCCUCAGCUCGUCCUACCUACCCAGAAACCCUCCUGGCUGGUACUCAGAGAUAACAGACAAAAUGAGAGGCCAGAUAAGUGCCAAUGCUUUAUGGGAUGCACUAAGACAGCGAUCUAUGAAGAUUUUGGAGGAAAUGGAGACCGAAACCUCUCAGGUUGAGAGAAUACUAGUUGAUUGGAACUUGCAAAAGAGACAGGACCAUCUGCUACGCCUUUCAGGUCUGAGGUUCAUGUACCGCAAAGCCCAGCAUAACCAAGCAUACUCCACCCUCCUCCUGCAGCAGAGACUUCAGUCUCCUCACUUUAACCUGGAUAUGACUGAAGGACUCAGUCAAUCUCUAACAGCAGAGAACGCACUACUGACAGAAUAAUGAGAUUACUAUCUAAGCAUGUGCACCUAGAGCACCUCUCUUUAGUGAAGAAGGCUACUCAACUCUCAUGUUAACAACAUUCUGAACUGAAAUACUAUCCAAUGGUGUGUAAUGUGGUAUCAAAUUAUGUUUACUGUUAGCACAGAAGGCAAUAUAUUAAAUGAGGUGCUUGUUUCACCUUUAGAAAAUGGUCCAGCAUUUCUUUUUGUGUUUUAUAGCUUGCUCUUUUAUCUUUUAGUGUCAUUUAGAAGUCAAACUUAAAUACAAAUUAGCACUGAGAUUGUGUAUGUAAUCAGUAUGUAUGGACUUCAGUGUAUAUAUUUGAAAUACAUCGCAUGUGUUAGCACCUCAUUACCACAAGGAGGCAGAAGGUUGAUAUAGUGAGGAACAUUGCAAAGUUCUCUUCAUUGUUCUGUUUCUUGAACAAUAAUUGUUGUCUUCAAGUUGAUAGCCUUAUUUAUUCAUUAUAUAACUUAUUAUAUAUAUUUUUUAUUUGCCAUUCUAUGUUUAUUAGGACCCCAGGUCAGUUAUGUAAUAAAGAUCCAAAAUAGAAACCAUUAUCAGGCAUGACACAAAAUGUGUCACUCAAUAUUACAUUUUUACUAAUGCUUAGUAUGCAUGGGGCAGGAUUUUAUUUUACAGCAAUGGUUUUUUUGUUUGUUUGUUUUUUGUUGUGAGGAUAGCGUUUUCUUGCUAAUGCCAUCUUUUCCCAAUACACAGUCUUUUAAUCUCACCACACUCAAUUUACUGCAAAAUCACAACUCGGGUUUCGCAGUGGAUUCGGUACUGAUGCAGGAAACACUGAUGAAAACACAUAUAUUCCCUUACAAUAAAGAAU